AUGGCCCCCUUUACACACCCGGCGGUGUACAACCCGACAGGGUUUUCGUCAAAUAUCUUAUGGAAAACUUCAUACGAUAUAAAAAGAAUGAGUAUACAGGUUUUCAGGAACACGACCCUAAUAGGUGACGAGGAGAUUCCCACCAUCAGAUCCGACGACGGCACGAUCUAUUUUGCGGCGAAAAAAGUCGCGCUCUCACUUGGUUAUAUCAGACCGAACGAAGCCGUCACCACCAACACAAGGGAAAGGAUGAGGACAACAUUUAGAGAAAUAAGGGGUUCGGUUCCAAAUAUACCCCUUUUUAAUGUACGCGGCGGUGAACAACCCGGUACGGUUUUCAUUACGGAAUCUGGUUUGUAUAGACUCAUCAUGAGAUCUAGACUACCGAUUGCCGAAGAAUUUCAGGACUGGAUAUGUGAAAACGUUAUACCAUCCAUCCGAAAGACGGGGAAAUACGUGUCACCGGACAGCACCGCGAGUAAAAUUAAAAGUAUCAAAGACACAGAACUAAGAUGUCUCAAGAAUACCGAACGGGUGGUGGUAAGAAAGGAGCUGAUCCGUAUGAGUAAUCUUGUGAAAGACCCGGAAGCUGUCGCAUACGGAAGAUUGGGAGGAAUAAUCGUUCAGGAAAAAAUUAGACAAACCGAGAAAAAAUUGGACGAAAAAGAACUCAAGGUCUACGAACAGGAAAAGGAGAUUACGAAACUCGAGAUUAAAGUAUCAUACCUGGAAGCCGGAAUAGGUGAACUCGAAGACGAGAACGAAAGACUUUGGAUCGAGAACGAGAAACUUGCGAAAGAAGAUAGAGAACAAUAA